AUGGUCGACUGCCCUAUUUGCACCAAGCCCGUCUUAGAACGCCACAUCAAUGAACAUAUUGACUCCGGCUGUGUGGCCCUUAUAAUCGACCCGACAAACGCCCCGCCGCCUCCGACCCAGAAGGCCAAUGUCGCCAGCUUUUUCCAGCCGCCCUCUACAAAGCGCCCCUCCGGCCUGUCCGCGAAAAAUGCCGAACCCUCGCCGGUGACGUCUCCCAUGCCCACCAGGACACAGCUUCCCGUGCCAUCCGAUUCCUCUGCCAACGCCUUGAAGAGACCCUUCGACCCUGAGGCCGCCAGCACCAAGUUGGAGCCAGGGUCUUCACCGCCGUCUCCAAAACGCAACAAGUCCCAUGCUUUCCAAAAGGUCGCCCCACUGGCGGAGCGCAUGAGGCCCAGGACGCUUGAUGAUGUCUGUGGCCAAGAGCUCGUGGGGCCUGACGGCGUGAUCCGGGGUCUAAUCGAGCAGGAUCGCGUCCCGUCGAUGAUACUUUGGGGAGGGCCGGGCACCGGCAAGACCACAAUAGCACGCCUUAUAGCGCACACAGCUGGCUGUCGAUUCGUCGAAAUCAACAGUACCAGCUCCGGUGUAGCUGAAUGCAAAAAACUCUUUGCCGAGGCUCGUAACGAGUUGGGUCUUACAGGGCGCAAGACGAUCAUAUUCUGCGAUGAGAUUCACAGGUUUAGCAAGAGUCAACAGGAUGUUUUCUUGGGGCCUGUCGAGGCUGGACAGGUCACCCUUAUUGGUGCGACAACCGAAAACCCAAGCUUCAAAAUCGUGAACGCUUUGCUGUCACGGUGUCGCACGUUUACCCUCUCCAAGCUCUCUGAGGAGACUGUCACGGUCAUUCUCCGCCGAGCACUCGAGCGUGAAGGAGGCAAUGCCAAUACCAGCCUCGUCGAUGACGAGAUGCUUGUCUACCUCGCCGCUUUCGCCGACGGCGAUGCCCGCACCGGGCUCAACCUCCUCGAGCUGUCAAUGGACCUUUCUACUCGACCGUCCAUGACCAAAGAUGGCAUCAAAAAGUCCUUGACACAGACUCUUGUCUACGACCGUGCUGGUGAUCAACAUUACGACACCAUCUCUGCAUUUCAUAAGUCGAUCCGCGGUUCCGAUCCCAAUGCCUCUCUAUACUAUUUGGCACGCAUGCUGCAGUCAGGCGAAGAUCCACUGUACGUCGCAAGACGGCUCAUUGUUGUGGCGUCCGAGGACGUUGGCCUGGCGGACAAUACAAUGCUUUCCCUUGCUACCGCCACUUAUGCUGCCUGUGAGAAAAUCGGCAUGCCCGAGUGUCGUAUCAAUCUCGCUCACGCAACUGUCGCGUUAGCCAUGUCGCCCAAAUCGACGCGUGCAUAUCGCGGCCUCAACAAUGCCAUGGCCUCGCUUCAGGAGCCGGGCAUAGCAGGCCUGCCGGUGCCGGUGCAUUUGCGCAACGCACCCACAAAGCUGAUGAAGGAGCUCGAAUAUGGAAAGGAGUACAAGUACAAUCCGGACUACUUGGAUGGGAAAGUCGUCCAGAACUACCUGCCCGAGAAGAUUCUUGGUAGAACUUUCUUGGAGGACACCGAUUUGGGAACGAAGAUUGAUAAAGACUUGCCGGAAGAGUUCCAUGAGUAUGAUCUUGGCUAA